AUGGCUUCCGUUAGACGUAGAAAGAUGGCUAAGUCUUCCAUCAGGAAGGCAACAAGGAAGAAUAAGGAUAAGCAGAGAAAAGCUAAUAUCUUUGCGAAUCCUAUCAUAGCUGAAAAUUGGGACUAUUCGUUAACACUAUCACAAAACUAUAAGAAGCUAGGUUUAAAGGCAAAACUCCAAACCCCAGCUGGAGGUCAAGAGAAACAACUAUCGGAUUUAGGAAACAGCGCAAGACGCCUCGAUUAUGAGGAUGGGGAAAUUGAAAGUGUAGAUUAUUCACAUGAAAUGAAUAGCGAUGGUGACUUUGACGCGGAUAAAAUACCGGAAGGUGAGGCCAGAAUUCAACGAAAUGCAUCUGGCGAUGUUAUUAAAGUCAUAUAUGGUAAGAAAAAAUUCGACAUAGACCGUGAGGUUGAAGACAUAAAGAGAGAAACUGCAGAAGAUGAAGAGAAGACAGAGGUCGUAAAGCAACUUGAAGCCUAUGCAAAUAGGCCCGUUGCUCCUAAAAAGAGAGUUCAGAGUGAACGGGAAGAGCAGUGGCUGGAAAAACUUUACAGGAAGCAUGGUAACAAUUACAAAAAGAUGUUUUUUGACAAGAAGCUCAACAUCUACCAACAAACAGAAAGCGAUUUAAAGAAUAGAAUCCUCAAGUGGAAGAGCAAAUAUAACAUCACUGAUUAG